CAGCUCAGCUCAGCUCAGCUCAGCUCAGCUCAGCUGUAGGAGACACAAAUAAGUAGUGAAAAUUAGAAAAUUAGAUUGCUGUUACAUAAAUAUCAUGUAAAGUUGUUGUAACAGGAGAUUUUAAUAACACACGAAAUGGCAAAUCGUACAAAUUUUCUAUUAACGUUUACACGGAGUUAUCGACAGUAUACAAAAUCAUGGCUCCCGGAUGCUGUUCAAUACGAAAAGGUUAAAUAUCAUCCACGUAAAAAGGAUCACGUGGAUCCUCCGAUCGUACCGUCGAAAGUUUUAAUGGUUCACAGAGUGAAGCCUUUCAAGGGAAAUCCUUAUUGGGAAAAAGAUAUUCUUUCGCAACUGGGAUUCGAAGAACGCGUAAAGCAGCCGGUAUUUGUAAAGAAUACGCCAGAGAUGUGCGCUAUACUUUGGAAAGUAAAACAUUUAGUGAAAAUCGUUCCAGUACAAUUACCCGAAAAAUUACCAAACGUAGAUGAGCUUACUGGAAUAUACAUACACGAAAAUGGAAAAUUUUACACAACCGAGAAACUCGAUCGUGGUCGCUACGAAGCUACUUUGCAGUUCAUGAAUUCUCCUAAGAGAAUGAAUUAUUCCACUAUAAAAGAGAAACUUCGGCUUUUAUGGAUUAAAGGAAUACUUAUUUAAUGUAAUGUAUAUUAAAAUUCUUUAUAGUA